AUGCUUCAACUUGGAUUCCGCAUAGGACGGGCAAAAGCUCUUCCCUCAAUAUGGCGUGGUCUUGCAACCCCGCAGCCCUUGUUACAGUCUAUCAGGCUCAAUAGCAGCCAGGCUGCGCACAAGCACCUUGACGAUGGUGUUCCUGCUCUGGACACUUUGGUGAGGUCGAUCCCCGUGUCGGUGGAGAGGGAAUUGCCCGAUCCGUUCAAAAAGAAGAAGCAGAACAGAAGAUACUUCUGGGCCUACGCCGUGGGCACGACGCUCUCGUGCGUGCUUAUUUUCAACUACGAGAAGACGAGGUCACCCAUCGUGAACUCUGUGCUCUACUGCUUGAGAAGAUCCGAACAUGCUAAGGCUGCACUUGGUCCAAAUAUCGGGUUCGCGAGCCUGUGGCCGUGGAUCUGGGGCACGCUCAACACCGUGAAGGGCAAUAUCGACAUCACGUUCCAGGUUAAGGGUGACACCGGCGGAGGAAACUUGCACCUCAACGCCACGAGAUUGUCCAAAUUGGUGCCUUUCGACAUUCACGCAUGGACGUUGGAGACGGACUCGGGUGAGGUGAUCGACUUGGCCAAGGAUGCGUCGGUGGACUUUGAGUUGUAA